UCGUGGGCAACGGACGCAUCCUCUGAACUCAGAACUCGAGUGGAGUGACGAGAACGGAACCGGAAACGAAACCGAAACCGAAAACGAAAGCGAGAGAGCACGAGAACGAGCCUGUUGAAAGUUUGGCGGCGCGUUCGAACCGGAAGCACUUUUCCCACAUGUAAGCUUGUCCAAUCUCAUCCGGAAGUACGUCGAUCGCCAAGGAAAAGCCCACCAUGGGCUCACUGAAACCACUGGCGGCCAUUUGGCUGCUCCUGCUCAUCGCACACACUCAGGCAGUGAGAGAAAAUCCCCUCAAGGACCCUCGCAUCUGCGGUAGGCCGCAAUGUGAAUCCAGCAGUUCCAAGUUCAGUUACGGCGAACAGCUGUACAGAUAUGAAUAUACGGUGGCUGUGCGUACCGAAUUCGCCGGCUCCGGCGACAAUAGCUCCGACCUGCUGCUAAAGUCCAACUUGGAGAUAUUCUUCCCGAAACCCUGCGAGGGUUACUUGCGGAUUAACGAUGCCAGGCUGUACGAUAAACUGGAUGGGCUCGAUGAAUCGUCCAACGGUGGCGAAUCCUCCGCCGAGAAGCCCAAGGAGUACGACUACUACGAUAAUCUGGGCAACGAUGAGGCCGAAACGGAAGGCUUUGAGAAUAUGCAUCCCAAGAGCACGAGUCUAAACGGAGAUCUUACUCAAAACCUGCUGCGUUUUGCUUUCCACGAUGGCCUCAUCAGCGAGGUGUGCCCGCAGGAGCAGGAAACGCCCUGGGUGCUCAACAUCAAGAAGGGCAUCCUGUCAGCCUUCCAAAACACCAUGAUGCGAUUUGACGUUGAUUCCAACACAACGGAAACGGAUGUGUCCGGUCAGUGCCAGGUGCAAUAUUCCCUGGAAGAUACCGACAGUGUGUAUGUCAAGAUCCGCAAGACGAAGGACAUCAAUUCCUGCAGACAGCGCUACGCCACCCACUCGGUGCUGCAGACCACACCGUACACUUUUCGAGAUGACAAGACCAUAUGGCCCAUCCUUAAGUCCCAGAGUCAUUGUAAUCUAACCAUUGAUAACAAUGUCUAUCGCGAGAUCAGUUGUCUGGAGACACAUCUGCUGGUUCCGUUCUCCAAUGCCAGUUCUGGUGCCCUGACCACCAGUCAAAGUAGUUUGAAGCUCAAGGGGGAGGAGCCUUACAGCGCCGGAGAGUUCUUAGAACAAAAUCCCGAGAUGGUCGAGAGACGUGCCACCCUAGUCUUCGAUCAUACGCCUGCAGUAAAGCCCUCGCACGACCAGAUUAAGGCGGCCCGAGAGCUUUUGGUGCAAAUGUGCGCCGUUGGCUUCCCCAAUAUCAAGCGCGAGUUCAUCGAUGUAUUCACCAACUUUCUACAGACCUCCAAGAGCCUCGACUAUAAGACUUUAAGUGUCUUGCUUCAGAGAUCCGCCAGUACCUGCGAACAGGGCAAAAACCAUGUAUUGGAAUCCCUGCCCUACAUUGGCAGCACAGCCUCGUAUAAGGUAAUGCGGGAUCAGAUCGUCAACGAAAAGUUGACCAAGCAGAUGGCUUACAGCUGGAUGAGGUCCUUGUCCUUCAUCACACGUCCCGACGAGGAGACCCUAGAAACCUUCUAUACAAUCCUCGAGUACGCAAAAAACAGACUGGAUCCGGAAUAUACUCUGGGAGCCACGGCGGUGGUGCACAGCUUUUGCAUACACCACGAUGUCUGCGAGGAGAACCUCCGAGUGCAGCAGAUCAUUAAUCUUCUGGAGACCGAGUUCCUAAGUUUGUACAACCUCUUUAAGGGAGAGCGACGCAUUCGCGAGCGUAUGGUGAUUUUGCUCAAAGGAUUGGGUAACAUUGGAGUGGUUUCACCUGCUUUUGCUGAGCAACUUCAAUGGAUUAUCCGGGAAGAUGCAGCCCCAGUGGAUAUUCGCCUACAGGGUAUUUUGGCCUUCCGUCGGGUGGACUGCCCUCGUUAUCGAAGUUUCUUCUUGGACAGCUAUGCCAACUACACUUUGAACUCGGAGCUACGUAUAUACAGUUACUUGCAGGCCAUGAGGUGUCCCGACUACAUAUCCGUAGGGGCGAUAAAAUCAAUUCUGGAGCAUGAGCAAAUCAACCAGGUGGGCUCCUUCGUGUGGUCGCAUCUGACUAACCUGGCCAAGUCCAAUUCCCCCGUUCGAAUUGAGGCCCAGGGCUUGCUGCUGAAUGAUGAACUGUCAGAACGCUUCAAGAUGGACAUUCGCAAGUUCUCGAGAAACUACGAGCACAGUUUGUUCUUCGACGAGUACAAUUUCGGAACCACCACCGAUGCGAAUCUCAUCUUUGGCACUGAUUCCUACUUGCCACGAAUUGCCAGCCUGAACUUCACUGCCGAUCUCUUUGGUCAGUCGGUGAACUUCUUUGAGUUGACUGCCCGGGCUGAAGGACUGGAGGAGUUGGCGGCCAAUGCCUUUGGUCCCAAGGGUCCUUUGAGCGGUGAGCUGCUGCGCAAGAAGCUGUCCUUUCUCAAUCGCUGGCUGGGCAACGAAAGUGCCGAGGAAGAUGACACCCUUGAAAAUUUGCUCAGUCUGGAUAAUCUGCGACUAAAGAGGAAGGCCCAGCAAUCCGCCGAUGCCUAUGAGCAGGAGGAGGACGAAGACUACGACUUCGAGGAGUCUCUGGAGGGGAACAAGCGACACAAGCGGGAUGUGACAACCGCUCGCAAACAGGAAAUUGAUCGCAAUGUCGACAAUCUAGGCUACAAGCUGAAGUACGACUACAAUAACCCCAGGGCACAGUUUGGUCUUCGGAUCUUCGGCAACGAUCUGCGAUACUACAAUGUGGAGUCCAUGCUGGAGGUGAUGGCCCUGGCCGCCCAAUUCAAUCCCUUCCAGCAGGCCAAGAAUGUGCUUUCCGGCAAGGAGUUCAAGCACACUGAUUCGCGAGUCUUUCUGGAUGCCUCCUAUACAGUGCCCCUGGCAGUCGGACUUCCAUUGGCCAUCCAUGCCUAUGGAGCUUCUUCCGUGGACCUGCGUAUCAGCGGUAAUCUGGAUGAAAUGGACCCACCCACCGAUUGGCACUUUGAUGUCCAAGGUCGGUUUAAGCCCUCGGUGUCCGUGGAUGUGAUCACCACCAUGCAGACGGACAUGUUCUGGGAUCAAUCGGGCAUCAAGGUGAAGAGCAACCUGUACUCCAACUCGGAGCUGGUGGCCAAGCUGAAGGUACGCGGUCGCAAUCUGGUCUCGUUCUCCUUUGAUCUUCCCCAGGAUCAGAACGAGAUUUUCAGCGUCCGAUCGGAGCUGAUGGUUAAAAAGCGUGAUGGGGAGCUGCCACAGGCGGGCAUUGCCAAGAGGAGUGCCAACUCUACAUGCACUUGGCCCGUUCUCGACCAGGCCAUCGGAUUGCAGAUGUGCUCCCACUACAGUGUCCCGGAUCUUAGUAACGCCACCGAUGUUUACCCAAGUCUCCUGCUAGCAGGGCCUCUCAACUUUAGCUUGAUCCUAAAGAAAUCCGAUCUGAGUGCCAAGAAGUAUGUGUUCGAGUACAAGUGGGAUCAGCGUGAUGAGAACAACAACUUCUCGCUGGUGUUUACCACACCAGACUCAAAGGUACCUCGAGUUCUAGUCGCCAAUGUGACCAAGGUACCCGAUGCCUUUAAUGCUUCCGUGGCUUUCGUGAAUGGACCUAAUCGCGUUUCCGCUGGGUGCAGCUAUGAUGGAAAUCCAGAUUUCCGUCGUUUGGAUGUUUACCUUGAUACGAAUGGAAAUCGAUCCCUGGAUCUGGGCAUGGAACUGCGAAGGCACCAGGACUUUACCGCCUGGAUCUACAAUCCUCGUAUGUUGCUUGCCAUUAAUGGGGUCAAUAUUACCGGACUGGCGGGCACUGUAAAGGUAAAUGAAAAGAAUGGCAUCAAGCAACACGACGUGGACCUUUCCUUUGAGACCAAGAAGCUGCAGGCCGUGAUCAAGGGCAACGUAGUUCAAAGCGAGAUAACAACCUCCACCAACAUGACCAUUAAGUACAGGUUCCAAGCUAAUAAGAUCGAGGAGAUAAACUUUGCCGGCAAGUUGGUCAAUAAUGGAGACAAAACCAAGACUGAGUACCGGGGUAACAUGAAGCUUCAGACCUCGGCAUAUCCCAAGCUGAACUUUGCAUCAGAUUCAACUUGGCUUAGCCUGCAGGGCCACACAGAAGGCAUGAUCACGUACAAUAAUGCACCGGACUAUGUGAAUCCCAACUAUACAAGUCUGCUUCGCUUGGUAUUCGCAAGAUCCCACUCAGAAGAUUCUGUUUUGGAGGGAUCACGCACGAGGGCAAGUCUGGAACUUAAGCUGCCAAGGUCGAAGAUAGAUUACCGCAUUUUGGUUAAGCACGAAGAACGCAUCAAGAACGGAACCGAGCACAAUGUGAUCGUGGGACUAAAGUACGCUCCUGACAAGGAGAUCACGGGUCUGUUUUCCGUGCAUUUGCCAAGACGAAACUUGUUUGCCAUUGAUGCCUACAUGAACGUGACUGUACCAGAGUUUAAUUCAUGUACAGCUAGCUUAAAAGUCAAUGAGAAAGCCACCAAGGACUAUAUCAUCUUCAUCAAUGGUUCCUGGUUUACUGGACAUUCAGUUGCGGUAAAGGCUAACUACAAGGAUCGCAGCUCGCGGGUACAGGCGCUACAUCACUUAAAGAUGAUUGUGGAAAGUCCAUCCUUCAACAUAACCUCCCUCAACAUUGUGUACCGCCGGAACCAGCUAGUGAUCUUCUACGAUGUUCAGGCCAAAUACGACCAGGAUCCAUACGGCCUGACAAUACAGUAUGCAGCAAACGCCCACAAUCGCAAUUCCAAUGCAGAGGUACGACUAAAGGUGAAAGAACGUGACUACUGGGUCAAUGCCAAAUUGUUGUCGGAGCAGCCGAAGCUCCUGCAGCUGGAAUUCCACAUAGAUAAAAUACGUGAUGUGCACAUUAAGGUUGGUCUGCUGAACGUGGACAAGCGAAAGGAGCUCUCCCUAGAACUGAAGUGGGAUGCUAACCGAGAUCCCAGCCAGAGAUUGGGCCUCCUUGCAGAAUACAAUAGCCCAGGAACAAAGCAUUACGAUGGAAACGUGAUGGUCACCUAUCCGGAGCGUACCAUAAACUUUGGCUUUAACUCCUUUACCGGAGGACCCAAAUACUAUGGCAAGGCUCACGCCUCUUGGAGCAUCAAUGAGGUGAUCGAAUUCGAGUACGAUGCAGGUAUUCUGCCUGGUCAGACUCUCCACAACUGGGUGAAAGCCGAACUGAGGACACCUUUCGAUGGAUGGCGCACCAACAGCCUGAAUGCCGGAGUCUAUAGCCUGCACAACCUGAUCCUAAUCAACUCUACGCUCUUCUGGGCAGAUGAUCAAAAGCUGCAGGUGGGCUACAAGAGCGACUACGACAUUAACGAUCAGCUGGUGAGCUUUGAUGUUCGCUUCGGCAUCAACAGCACAAUCCGAGAUAUUCCUACGAUCAAUGUGAAGGUGAUCCAUUUCGUGGAUGCCAAGAAGGUGGACACGGAACUUUAUCUGGGAUACAGUGGACAAAACAAUACCUUCAACACAUACAGCAUGGACUCCAGCUGGGAGAUUGAAAAGAACCAACGCUACCACAAUGUUUCCGGCUUAGUGCAUCUGGUUAGUCCAUUCAAGGGUUACGAAAUGGGUGGUCUGGUGGCCCAAUUCUCUCUUAGCGAUCAGCGUGUGGUUAGCGGAGCAGCUGCCCUUAACUUUGAUGUUCGAGAGUUCACUUUGACAAUGGACGGUUAUGUAAAGAAGUUCACGGACAACAUGUUAACCAUUAAUAUCACCACUCCCCUGGAGAAAUUCCGCACUAUCAACGCUCGCUUUGGGCUCAACGAAAAGAAACGUCAUGCGGUUGCUGAGGUAAGAGCUCCUACGGCAGCCCUUGGAGUGGAGGCCUUGGCGGACAUAAAGAAUCUCCUAAACUUUGAUGUCAAGCUGAGCCUGGCCACGCCCGUCGAGAGCUUCCAACAAGCGGCAUUAUUCGCCCAGUUUAAUCCGGAACGCGUUGAUAUGCGCGGCUUGUGGAACAAUGCCACACUGGGAUUCACGGGCGUAUGGCACAUGGAUAAUAUGACUGACUUUGAGUAUUCUUAUGUGGUGUUCACCCCACUGGCUGGCUUCGAGGAAAACGGAUUCAUUGUUCAGCUGCUGAAGAGGAAAGAGUUCAUCUUCCAGUUGCAUGGAAAACUGUCCAAUUAUAAACUAGGUGUAAAAAUCAAUGGGAAACCAAAGUCGGACUUGGUCAAUAAGUUGGGUAGUAACAAAAUGGAGUUGGAGAUGCUCUACGAUGCGGACUUCAAGCCACUAAAUGUCGAAACGGAUUAUAAGCCUGAUCCAGAUGAGGAGUACUUCUCAUACUUCACGGACUUCCAGGUGGACACUCUUCUAUGGCCCACUAUUUUGGGUAAUGUAGAUAUUCAGGAGAUCAUUGACUUCUACCUGAUUGUGGGUCAUGUGCACCUGCCGCAAGGAAAACUGGAAUUCAAGGAUCGCCUCCACUUUCCGGACUACAUAAAUGUGCACAAUCUGCUGACUGUAACAACCCCGUUUGCCGUUGCUAAGGACAUUAAGUCAAUAGUGGAGUACCACACCAACUUAAACUUUAAUGCAUUCUAUGAGCGCAUCAAGUUCACAGUCAACGAUGCCAAGGAUCAGGUGAAGGAACUUGGCUUUGAGUUUAACUACACCACACUGCAGGACAAUGUGAAACCCAAGGCGCAUGAUGUCCAGCUUAAGCUCAUCACACCAUACGAACUGCUUCACGAAAUCGACAUUCAUGGACGUUUGGAAGUGGACGAUAAUGCCUAUAAGGGCAACAUCAGCGCGGUAACGGCCCAUACACAUCUCUCGAUGGCCGCUUCCGUAGAGAACGAGGACAACUUCUUGGAAACCUCUGUGGGUCUUUUGUUGGAAACAGACGUUAUUCCGCAUUAUGCCUGCCUGGUGUACUUCAAAAAAGAUUUUUCAGCCGUGGAUAAUACCAUAGACAUUCGCUUCGAGGUCACCGACAAUGGAACACUGAACCAGCUCCACAUUACUACAGACUGGCACACCGAUCCCUCUUACAUCGUUAAUGCCAAUGGAAAGAUCAGAACCACUAUGCUGCCACUUCAACUAGCGUCCACUUCGAUUUUGGUAACCAACGGGCAAAAUCCCCAGCUCAAUUUUGAUCUUAGCUUCCUGAGCCAGAGUGGCCAGAGCAUAUCAUACGGAACUCGUGCUAACAAAAAGAAAGAUGUCUUUAACAUUGAGGUAUGGACUCCUCUGAAAAACUUCCGGAACAUUUCCAUGCAUGGUACAGUCGCUAAAAAUCCACGCGAUGCUGAGCGCUAUGAUGUCUCAGGGUUCCUGUAUAGGAAUAUGGCGACAUAUGGCAUCACAGGAGCUGUCCGUAUGUCCAACAAUCUGCCCAUCGAUGCCACUUUGAGGGUGCAGCCGAAAGCGGGAGGAAGAGAUGGUGUAAUUGAGCUGAACAUUCAUGAGACGGGGCCAAAGAAGAUUGGCUUCUCCUUUAGCGCGAUUGAGGAUGGCAAGAUGUGCCAGAUCUCAGGAGGUUACAGUAUCAGCGAAAGCACUGGAGCCAUGGAUUUCUCAGUUCUUGUUGAAAGCACGGAACCGGAAAUCGCUCGAAUCAACUUUAAUGGCAAUCUGAAGCGCAACUCCAAGGGUUCUCUUGUGGGUGACUUGAACUUGGAGACUCCUUGGAAGACCCUCGGCAUCGAUUCAGUUCACCUGCACUCAGAUGUGGGCUUUGGUAGUGAUGGCGGCAAGUUAGCGGGCGAAUAUAAGAUCGGUCAGUAUAUCGGACGUGGUAGUUGCUUGUGGUCUUGGGUUCUGGCCGAGAAUCUGCAACUCGUGCUGGAGAGCUACUUAGAAAGGCCAAGCGCUCAGCCGAGAAUCGUCCACGCCAGUGCCAAGUACCUGAACCCAGGACAAACCUAUGCUCAGUUGCAAGCUGGGAGUCGCCUGAGCGUCGAUUCCAAGUGGAACCUUGAUGUGAACGGCAAUGUGCACUAUAAAUCUGCUGAUGACUUCAACUUUAAAGUUAUUACUGAGCUGCCUUUACCUGUUGGAGGUCGCCACCAGCUUAGUGCUAGCUACCAGGGCAAUGUGAUUUCCAAACAGUUUAUCGAACCAGAUUUUGUCCUCGAGGCCAGCUAUGAGGGCUUGGAGGCGCAGAACAAACUUCUGUCUCGAGUUUCUUAUCGAAAUGUAACCGAUAACCUAAAGGGCUUGGGCCACGUCGAGUGGGGUAACUUGAAGAGCCUGUCUGUUGUGGAGGGAGAUUUUGAACUGCUCAGGAAGCCUGGAGCUCGGCGAGAGUUCUCUGCCAAGAUGAUCACACCCCAGUUCAAGGAUGAGCACACCCUUGCCUUAACCGGACACUAUGAUAAGGAAAAUACUGAUUACCACAAUGUGGUGUGUGCAUUGGACUAUCCGGCCAGUCGUCGAAUCACCGAUCUGGAUGUGUCCUUCAGUUCGCUGAGCAAUAUGCAUGGAAAAUUUAACAGCACAAUGCCAUCCUUCCUUAACGUCAGUUGGUUUAAGACUGACUUUGAUUUCACCACCAAAAACGGAAAGAGCUAUCGAUACUGCCGCUGCUAUUGGCCCAAGGAUUCCGCCUACUUCAAGCUUAACAGCCAAUACGACAGCGACAGCACCAAUGCCAACCAUAAAAUAAAUGGCAAUUUGGAGGUUGAAGUUCCAUUGACAACACGGCAUCGAGCGGAUAUGUCUUAUAGCUUGCAAAAGCUGCGCAAUCAGAAUCAAGGAGAUGUCAAGGUACUCUACAACGAGAAACAGGUUCUGCAUGGCACGUAUAAUAGGGUGGAACAGCAGAAGCAUCCGAUCUACAAGGAGACCACGGAUAUCUCGCUGGAGAACGAAGUGAAACCUCUGGGAAUUCACUAUGUUAGCACCAGGGACUCCAGCGACCCAGCGGGAACUCAGGACGUGAAGCACUUCGAGGUGUUCGAGCUGAGAAACACAAAGAAUUUUAACCUUACCGGAGAGCUACAUUCACGAACCACUAUUAGUGCCCAGGACUUUAAGGUGGUGGCUAUUCAUCCUAACCGCGCCGUAGUUCUGAGCACCAAAUACGAGGAAGUCAGCCCCGAAGUGGUGAGACAACACACCAAGUUGGAGCUUUCGGAGACCGCCUGGAUAGGGUACAACCUGGAGCUGGGCAACUUUAGCAAGGUUGGCAACGAGUCCCAGAGCUUCGCACUGGAUAUCUUUUAUCCAAAGCGCAAUCUGUCCUCGUCGGGCCAGUACUCCUUGACGGACACCCACUUCAACUCGGACCUAUCCUUCCAAUGGCUAGGCGGCAACUAUAACGAACAGCCCAAGGAGAUUCGCAGCAACCUGCAAUGGAACGCGGAGCCUUUGCGUCGUGGAGAUCGAGAGCAUCGCAGUAUUGCUCUAACGGUGGCACAUCCUCUCCUUGAGAAGGACAUUAACUGCAAGGCGACGUACUACCGUGGAUUGCGCGAUCUGCUGAAGACCCACUUGACCAUCGACUAUUCGGAAUAUCCUGACCAACUAAUUGAGCUGGGUGCCCAGCUGACUGAUCGUUACAGUGAACUGGGCCACACCAAUUACACCUUCCAGGUGUACGGAAAGCAUCGAGCUUCCGAACUAGAUGUCCAGCUCAAUGGAACCCUGGCGGCGAGGACCUCUUACUAUAAGACGGAAUCCACAGCCCACUACAAGCGAGAUAUAUUCCCAGCGAGAUACGGAAAGUUCCUGGCCCUGCUCGAUGUCAAUAAGCGGGAAGUGGAAUACGAACGCCGGUCGCCAUUCCAUACGGUGCGACUACACCUGCUGCCCACCAUCCGGUAUCCCAUUUACGGUUUGAACGCCACAAUCUGGGAUACUCCUGAUACAAACCACUCGGGUUAUAUAUACGCGGACGUCUUGGAGCGCUAUGCUCGCAUGGAUUUCAACUUGACGGAGGAUGCCAGCCAGAACCUUCAAAUGGUGGGCUACAUUCCGGACUCACGAAGUGCCUUUUUGGACGUCUGGCGCAACUACGAGGAGAUCCGAGUGAUCGAUGUCAGUUCGUAUCUCAAGAUGAAUCACUCCCGACUAAUUACUGGUCGCUUCCACUGGCGCCCAUCGAUCCGACAAGAAGUUCGCGAGAAAAUCCAAUCAGUGGGUAAAUCUGUCUACAGCUCCUUUUCAGAGGGAAUCGAUUUCUGGAUCAAGUCCAUCUACACGGAAACUACAGAGUCAAUGGGCGUGGUAUGGAACACAGCCAAGGAGUACAAUAAGGAUUUCAUCGAUGACAUUGGACAUCUGAGUGUUUUGGAGGAGGAUCUCGCCGAUCUGCGUCAAUUUGUGAACCAGUCGUAUGAAGCCAACGACUUCUAUAUCAAGAACGUGGUUAACUUUACAUUGACUAUCCUGGAUGAGCUGGCAAUCAGGGAUCACAUCGAAUCGCUUCCGAAGAUCUUCUCGGAACUGUGGCAGGCUAUGGGAGAUUCUGGAAAAGCUCUACGCAACAGCAUUGUAUGGCUCAUCGAUACCAUUAAGACCACAUAUAACAACUUACUGGAUGCGGUGUCCCGAUUCUUCCACGGCGAAAGUCUCACCUAUAUAUCGGGUCUGCUGGAGAAGGGCAUUGCGAAGUACGACAGCUUUGUCAAGGAUUUGCACAUCAAGUUCAUCAAAUAUAUCGAAAACCUGUGGCACAAAACUUGGACCUUGGCGGAGAAUCACUGGAAGGCAGUCCUGAAGCGAUUUGAGCCGCAUCUCUUCAAGAUGAUCAGCUUUAUAGAGACCACUGCUUGGAAUCUCAGCAAGGAGGUGUUUGAUUUUAUUUACAAGCGUACCAACGAGCUGGCCGAGUCCCCUUACUUCAACAAGGUUUCCAGUUUUACGGCUGAUGCUGAACGACUUUACCGGGACUUCAAGGCUAACGAUGCCAUUACCAACAUCAAGAAAUAUUCAACGCUGGCUUGGAAUUUCGUCAAGGAGAAGUACUUCAAGCUGGUACCCUUCGGCGCGGAAUUAAAUGAGGUUCUUACCGAAAUCUGGCAGGAAAUCAAAGAACUAGAAAAAAUCGAUCAAGUUCAGAUCAUGGUGCAAAAGUACUACGAAGUUAUGGCCAAGGUUGAUUGGGUUGCCGAUGAACUGCAGCUGGAGCAUCGUCUUCAUCAGGUUUACGGACUAUUGAGGAACAAGUUCCGCAACUAUGCCAUGAAUGCUUUGGAAACCGCCGACAUGUACAGGGAAGCCAAGACCAAGUUCGUUUUUGAUCCGGAAGUUGGUAUUAUUGAUCUAGAACAGAAGUUGCCCAUGUCCUGGCACGCUUUCAACGAAACGCCCAAGUUCGAGGAGAUUCCCGAAUACCAGGUGCUAGCCAAGGCGCAGAGUUUCUUUAGUGAGACCAACUCCUCGAUCGUCAUGAAGCUGUACAAUAUGCGCACCCAUCUGGAUCCCAAGACCUGGCUGCCACCGUACUACUCUCGCGCCUUGCUUAUUGACUCGCGGCACUAUAUGACCUUUGACCAGCGCUUUGUGGGUCUGAACCUUAACUUUGACGAGUUCGGAAAUGGACGACCCAAUUCCCAAUGCAGCUACCUGCUGGCCCACGACUUCUUCAAGCGAAACUUUACUUUACUUUUGGAACCAGCAAGCAAUCCACUGGCUGGCCAAGGACUUACGCGGAAACUGAGCUUCAUUGCCAAUGACCAACUAAUUGAAAUUGACCUGGGCACAGAUCACAUAAGCAUCAAUGGCAAUCCACAACCGAUCCUGCCACUUAAACUUGGGGCUGUGAACAUCCAUAGAGAUCUGGAUGUUCUGUCGAUUACCUCGGACACCGAGUUCAGUCUGCACUGCAAUGUUCAGUUUGAUCUAUGUUGGUUCGAGGUGAGUGGAUGGUACUUCGCCAGGACAGCUGGAUUGCUGGGAACCCUGAACAACGAGCCCUUCGACGAGUACACCAUGUCCAAUAGCGUGAUCUCCAAUGAGACGCAGCAGUUCACGGAUUCGUGGAGCCUGAAGAAAUGCAGGCAGACCAAGUUGGCCCAGACUCAGGAGGUUAGCAAGGAGGUCAGUGACACCUGCACCAGCUUCUUCCGUACUGGCAUGCUUGCUCCCUGUAGUGCAGUGAUCGAUCCCAGUCCUUUCUACGAGAUGUGUCUGGACUUGGGCAUGAAAUCUCCACCAAUUCGUAAAGGACAUCCGGCUGUCAAGGGUGCCUGUUCAGCAGCUUUGGCUUACAUCGAGGCCUGUACAGCUCUGAAGGUUCCCAUGCGGGUGCCCUCUCAGUGUGUGUUCUGCCAACUGUCCAAUGGUUCCUAUGUCCCCGAGGGCACUUUCAUGGAGCUAUCAGGCCCUGAAAUUCCCAGAAGCAGCGAUGUGGUCUUCAUCGUAGAGGCCAAAGACUGCAAUGCCAAUCUGAAGACGUCCAAAAACAUCAUGACAGUGGUUAGCAGCAUUGAAGAACAGCUGCAGGCCGCUAAGCUAACGAAUAAUCGAUAUGCUGUGGUGGCCUUUGGAGGCGUUGCCCCAUACGACAAGCCCAGGAGUGUUAUAUUAGAACACAACGAGUUCACCUCUAAGCCGGAUCAACUGACUGAUUAUUUUGGCCACAUUAACACCGGAAAUGGCAGCAGCAACGACAUCCUGAUGGCCAUUUCCACUGCUGCCAAAUUGAACUUCCGUCCGGGCGUUUCGAAGACCUUCAUCCUGCUCUCCUGCAGCAAGUGUGCGGCCAGGGAUAUGCGAUUCGACUACACCUCCAUCCUGCAAUAUAUGCUGGAAGAGGGCAUUAAUCUGCACAUCCUGGCGGACACGGAGUUUGACUUUGAGCGCAACAAAAAACUACGUCACUUCUUCGGCUUGGACAGUAAGAUGGUUUACUCUAAGCGAUUCCCCGAAGGUGAUGCGGAUAGCCGCAACACGACGCACAUCCCCAAGAGCAAUCUGGGGAUCUGCACAACGCUCGCGGUGGAGACCCAGGGAUCGGUGUUCAGUGCCCGCAAGCUGCAGCCGGAGCGGAAGUACCCCAUCAAGCGAUUCGCCACCAUUUUCGCCAAGCGCGUUGCCCUCAGUGCCACGCCCAUUCAGAGCCAGACCUGCGAGUGCUCCGCCCACAACACGGGAGUCUCCUACAUGGCCUGCUCUCCACAGGCUCUGCCAGAGGAGAAGUACGAUCUGGAUGACUAUGACUCCUUUAACGACUGGGACUGGGGAGAUGAACCGGAAGCCGAGGCCAAUGUAAUGUCGUAGUUCUAAGUGGGCCACGAUUAGUUAGAUAGUUCAGUUAUGUCCCCGCAGAAUGUAAGCUUUUUCUAAUGCAUAACCGACAGGCAAAUUUUGUAAAAAUAAAUCAACAUAUAAAGCCAAAGUGUAA